AUGCCGGUACCGGAUCUGAGACAGCUGGUGAAGCAGGAGCGCCAUGCUAGAAUUUCGCUCGAUAAUAUAGAGGAGUUUCUGUUGUCGUACCAAGAAGAUCGUGAUAGAGGUGCCGUGGAUCUCAGAGUGAAAAAGUUGGACGAAAUUUAUGAGAAAUACUGUGAAGUGAGAGUUAGUAUAGAGGUGUUAACCGAUGACCUGGAUGUUGGUGAAGGACCAUCUGGCGACGGCGAAGAGGAUGCUUCGAGACUAUCUGCCAUGGCCGAAGCUCGCCAAAGAGAGAAUGAAGAGAUUUUCAAAGAAUUUGAAAACAAGUAUUUUCGUCUGAAGCAGGCGCUUCUUUCGAAGGUUAGUAUACCUACCGAAGUAGGUGUUGAGCGGAAACCGGAAGUGUCCCAGUCGUCACGGACACGAUUUCCGGAAUUGAAGCUUCCAACGUUCUCUGGAAGAUUGUCGGAAUGGAUUAACUUUCGUGACAAUUUCACUUCUUUGAUUCACGAUAACGCCCAACUCAGUACGAUAGAUAAGUUCAACUAUCUGCGUGCUUCCCUGAAGGAUGAGGCUCUUCUUCAGGUAAACCAGAUCCAGGUCACUAGUUCCAACUACACUAUCGCUUGGGGAGUUCUGGAGUCGAAGUUCGAGAAUCACAAACUAAUCGCACAGGAACAUUUGAAAGCACUGUUCGCUGUUGCUCCGAUGAAAGCUGAGAGUUUUCAAGCACUUAAUCAUAUCUUGAUGACGUUCAAGAUAAAUCUUCAACAGUUGGAGAAACUGGGUGAAGACACCGAGCAAUGGAGUACACUGUUAGCUUUCAUGCUAUCCCAGAAGCUGGACGAUGAUACUCUUCGCCAAUGGGAAACGCAUCAUAGCUCCAAGAAUAUUCCAUCGUACAAGGCGAGAACCACUGUGCUAUUCUACAAUCAACAUCGUCGCGUAAGAGUACGGCAUCAUACGCUGCUCCAUCCGUAUGUCAACGUUGCAGGUCAAGGGCAGAAUGUGAAUCAGUCAUCCUCCCAGAAGAACAACAGAGGACCUCAAGCCGCGAACAGUCAGUUUCAGCAAUCGAAUCAGGCCCAAACCCGGAACAACUCUCAACACCUACAGACUACACCAAUCCCAAGUACGUCUUCGCAAAAUGCACGUCCGCCACCUCCCACCAAUCCUUCCACUGUACACCACACUGCUACACAAUCCAAAACACACCACCACUCAAAAACUGCACUACUGUCAACUGCUAUUGUGAAGCUCGGUGAUCGUCACGGAAAUACCGUUCUUGCACGCGCUUUGUUGGACAGCGGGUCUCAAAUAUCACUAAUAACAGAGAACCUGUCUCAACGUUUAAAUUUCCGUCGACUUCGUGAGAAUUUACCUGUUAAAGGAGUGGGUGGUUCUCUAUCUGUUGCUAAACAAUCAGUUCUAGCAACAAUACUGUCCUGCAACUCUGAGUACAAGUCUUGCGAGGUACAGUUCUAUGUACUGUCGAAGAUUACGUCAAGCCUACCGCAACAGCACAUCGAUACUUCGUCGUGGAAUCUGCCUACAGGAGUUUGCCUUGCGGAUCCGAAUUUCAAUGAGCCUGGAGCUAUCGAUGUCAUCUUGGGUGUCACAGUUUUUUACGAUCUGCUGCUGAGUGCACAACUGAAGCUCUCCAACUCUGGACCGAUUCUACGUGAUACCGAACUUGGGUGGAUUGUGGCAGGGGAGCUACCAGAAACCGCUUGCGUCAGCUACAGUACAGUUGCAUCGUCUUCAGUAACCACGGAGCAAGUUUUUGAAGAACUCUCGAAGUUUUGGGAGUUGGAAUCCUGUCACACGAAGAGCUGCUUAUCCAUCGAGGAAUCUGCUUGUGAAGCCAUUUUCGAGGAAACAACUGCAAGGAGCCCUGAUGGGAAGUUUCGAGUUCAGUUACCGAAGAGAAAACACGUUCUGGAGAAGUUAGGGAGUUCAAGGGCGAUAGCGAAGAAACGCUUCAUCUCUAUGGAGAGACGGCUGGAUGCCAAUUUGCAAUUGAAAGCUAUGUACACGGCAUUCAUGCAUGAGUACGUUCAGAUGGGACACAUGAAAGAGGUACAGACGGACGACGAGGACUCGACUCCGGAAUUCUUCAUUCCCCAUCACUGUGUGCUGAAACCAGACAGCACCACAACCAAACUUAGGAUGAUCUGCGAAGCAUCUUACUGCGGUUCCGGAUGCAUAGGUACGCGGUCGUUGGAGACGCAGAAAAAGGUACCGAAUGGUAUGGCAGCAAGCAUCGGAUCAGUUGCUGCACAAGAUUUUCUGGAGGAUUCAAGUCAGGAGCCACUAAAAACGUAUAAGCUCACCACAGUCACCUAUGGCACAUCAUCUGCUACUAGGUGCCUGAAUAAGUGCGCGGACGAGGGUGCGGAGCGCUAUCCUGCAGCUGCAGCUGUCGUUAAAAAGUGUUUUUAUGUAGAUGAUAUGCUGGCAGGAUCACACACAAUAGAAGAAGGGAAGCAGCUAUGCAAAGACGUGCUAGAGCUUCUGAAAGAGUAUGGGUUCAACCUCAGAAAGUGGAAUACAAACAAUCCUGCGAUUUUGGCUGAAAUUCCUCCCGAUCUAAGAGACGAGCGCGAAAUUCUUGAUCUGGACGAAAAGGCUACCGUGAAGACACUGGGUCUCACAUGGGAACCGGCAGCAGAUAAGUUUUGGAUCAAGGUUCCCUACUGGAAGCCUGAAGGGCAUGUUACCCAUCGGAUUGUGUUGUCCGAAAUAGCACGCCUGUUCGACGAGUGGGUCCUGUAA